AUGCCUCACGUCGACAUCUUGUUCAACCAGUUGCAGAAGAGAAAAACUGAGCCAAGACAAGUUAAAACGGCUAACGAUAAUUUUGAAAAAUGUAUUGUCGAUGUGAGAAAUAAAAUUGAUGAAUUGAUAAAUGAAGCCAAAAGUAUUUGCACUGAACCCCAAGGUAACAAAAGAAGAAGACGUAAUAAUAGCAGUCACGAUCACAGAGUUGCCGCAUUAGAAGUAUGCGACAAUAUAGUGGAUUCCUUCAAAUGA